UUUUGACCCUCACGGUAACCGACUCUAACGCUGUCAAGAUCCAUGCCAUUCUACGUCAAUGUCUUUAUUAAAAUAAUGUGAGUAGUGGAAUUAUUGGUAUUUAUUUUGUUAUGUGUGUUUGUCUUCGGUAAAUGGAUGUUGCACAAUUCGAGACCGUAAUCGCUGACUACGAAGCAAUAGUCAAGGACUUGACCCACGAACUUAGAAUCAUACAAUCAGAGCAUCGACAACUUAAGGAAAAAAUACCAUUGCUAGUUGGCGAAAACCAGAGGAUACUCGAAGAGCUGAAACAUUACUCUAGUGCUAAACAACUGAGAGAAUCUGUAGCAGAAGAAGAAUUGAUUCAAAAUUUAAAAUUGCAGAUCGGUUUGGUGUUGAAAGAAAAAGACCAGGUAACUCAGUUAUGGCGAAAAGCGAAUAGAUCUGUUGAGAUACUCGAAAGCGAACUAAACAUCUACAAAUCCGAUACUACUGAAUUCUUCCCAAAGAACGAAUACUUUCGAAUAAAAGAAAAAUACGAAGAAAAUAUUCGUGUCCUAGAUGUUCAACUCAAGGCAGUUCAAAAACGAUUAGAAAGCAAAAAUUUAGAAGUCAAAACUCUCCUUCAAAAUGCCACAGACGUCUCAGAAUCCUUAAAAGCCUCAGAUAGUAAAAUAACCGAUUUAAAUAAAAAGAUUUCUGACCUGGAAGACGCUUGUGAACACUGCAACAGAAAGAGCAAAGAAAAAGAUAAGCUGGUACAGAAAAUCAUGGAGCAGAAUAGCGAAUAUAAAGAAAAAAUAAUUGAAGCAAUAGAAGUCGUCCAGGCUGCUCUUAACGAAAAAGAUGCAUCGCUGCUUAGAGAAGCCACAAUAAGAAGUGAAAUGAAGAAAAUGAAUGAUGAUUUAGACAGGAUCAUCGGUGCUAUAGAAGAAAAAUGUAAUAAAGAUAUAGUGGUAGUUAAACAAGACGCUGAAAAAAGGUACACAGAUCUUCUAGACAACCAUAGAAAACUACAAGACGAAUUAAACAAAAAAAUAUUAGAUAUAGAAAAGAUGCAAGCAAAAAAUAUAAUCUUGCAAAACGAAAUAGACAGAUUUUCUCUUGGAGCAACUGGUACAGAUGAUAGCAGGACAUCAAAGUUAUUAAUAUUAGAAAAGAACUUGGAAUCCACGUUCCAAAAAUUACUUGUGUCUGAAAAACACAACAUUCAAGUAAAUGCAGAACUCGAUACUGUUAAAAACGAUAUGGAGCAGAUGGCAGCACAUUAUGAAAGAGUUCUAAAAGCCAAGGAUGUGGAGAGGCUAAGUUUACAAAAUUCUAUCAACCAAUUGGAGUCUUUUAUUAACGAAAAAGAUAUAAGUAUAAAAAGUUUAAGUAAUGAAUUAGAAAGACAAAAAGACAAAGUAAGUAAUGUUACAAAAGACUUUGAAACGUACGUUGAAAAUCAAAACAAAGUAAUGGCUGAGGUUGAAAAUAGAAAAUAUGAGUCCACAGCUUUAUUUAAAGAACAUAUUAAGGAACUUGAAGCUGAAAUUGAUAUGAAAGAGAAAAUAAACAAGAAAAUAUUGGAAGAAACUAAAGAUGUUAUAACGAAAUUUGAAAAUGGUAUAAGAAAACUGAAACAUGAAACAAAAACGACGAAAAAAGAAAACAUAGUUUUAAAAACUGAGUUGGACAACAACCAGAAGAAAAUGUCUUAUUACAAAGAUGUACUACAAAAAAUAGCAGCGGAUACCAACCACAUUACGUCUUCUCACACUAACCUCCAGCAUGUGCAGCCUAAUGUACCUAGCUGACAUUUAAGGAACAGAUACAAUGUAUCUAGAAAAAAAUUGGUUGAGCAAAUAUGCAAUGUUAAACAUGAUAGUAAGACAAAGAGAAUAAGAAAGUAUUGUAAAGGAAAAUUAUGUGAGACUACUAAAGAUAAAUUUAAAUCUGUAACAGUGGAUUGUAAAUCUACUACGUUUAAGACAUCAUGUAAGUCUGAGUGCUAAUGUAAAUAUUUUGUAUAGUUUUUGUACAUAUUGUCAAGUUAAAUACUUUUUGUAUC